CGACUUUGGGCUGCAACUUCAAUUGUGGCUCUUGAUGAAAACUACAAUAGGCGUGUAGCUGGCUUUUCAAACGUGGAUUCGUUUUACGAGUGGUGUUCGUGCCUAGAUCAUUUGCCUAAGCUGAAGGUACCAAUGAUUUUCCUGAAUGCUGAGGAUGAUCCUCUCAUUCCAAGUUGUCUAUGGGAGCCGGUUAAAGAACUUGCUUCUCGAUCUGAAGAUAUGGCUUUUAUAACUACGCGCCAUGGUGGACAUUUAGGAUUCUUAGAAGGUGGCUCAUUCUCACCGCAUUCGGUCACUUGGCUUGAUCGUUUUAUAGUGGAAAUGGCUGAUAGAGCCAUUGAAACCUAUUGA